CGGGGCGCGCGGCGGUGCGGCGGUGACCGUGGUCCUGCAGCUUUCCUCUGUCUUUGGGAAAAGAACAGUGCCGGAGGAAUAUUUUUGCCCCUGCAAGACUCAGGAGGAUGAAAGUCAUCACUUGCGAGAUAGCCUGGCACAACAAGGAGCCGGUGUACAGCCUGGACUUUCAGCACGGGGCGGCCGGGAGGAUCCACAGACUGGCGUCCGCAGGCGUGGACACUGCUGUUCGGAUCUGGAAGGUGGAAAAAGGACCAGAUGGAAAAGCCAUUGUUGAAUUUUUGUCCAGUCUUGCUCGCCAUACCAAAGCUGUCAAUGUCGUGCGUUUUUCUCCAAAUGGGGAGAUUUUGGCAUCAGGAGGAGAUGACGCUGUCAUUCUGCUGUGGAAGGUGAAUGAUAACAAGGAGCCGGAGCAGCUUGCUUUUCAGGACGAGGAUGAGGCUGAGCUGAAUAAGGAGGACUGGACCGUCGUAAAAACCCUGAGGGGCCACUUAGAAGAUGUGUAUGAUAUUUGCUGGGCCACCGAUGGGAAUUUAAUGGCGUCUGCCUCUGUGGAUAACACGGCCAUCAUAUGGGAUGUCAGUAAAGGACAGAAGAUCUCAAUCUUCAAUGAACAUAAAAGUUAUGUGCAAGGAGUAACCUGGGAUCCUUUGGGUCAAUAUGUUGCUACCCUGAGCUGUGACAGGACCCUGAGGGUGUAUAGCACACAGAAGAAGCGUGUGGCUUUCAAUGUGUCGAAGAUGCUGUCUGGAACAGGGGCUGAAGGAGAGGCCAGAAGUUACCGGAUGUUUCACGACGACAGCAUGAAGUCAUUCUUUCGUAGACUCAGCUUCACCCCUGAUGGGUCUCUGCUCCUCACACCAGCCGGAUGUGUGGAGUCUGGUGAAAAUGUAACCAACACAACGUACGUUUUCUCCAGGAAAAAUCUGAAAAGGCCUGUGGCUCAUCUUCCGUGUCCCGGAAAAGCGACGCUUGCUGUCCGCUGCUGUCCCGUCUACUUCGAGCUGAGGCCGGUGGUGGAGACAGAUGGACCGUCCCAGGGGCCAAUGGUGCGCCUGCCCUACCGCUUGGUGUUUGCCGUGGCUUCCGAAGACUCUGUGCUCUUCUACGACACCCAGCAGCUCUUCCCUUUCGGUUAUGUGUCCAACAUACAUUACCACACCCUGAGCGACAUCUCCUGGUCGAGCGACGGGGCCUUCCUGGCCAUUUCUUCCACCGAUGGUUACUGUUCAUUCGUGACAUUUGAGAAGGAGGAGCUUGGAAUACCUUUCAAAGAGAAGCCAGAUUUGAGCGUGAGAACUCCUGAUACUGCACAGAAAACAAAGAGUCAGACGCAACAAGGGUCUUCGCCAGGACCCAGGCUGGUAGAGGGGACGCCCACCAGCAGAAUCCAAGACCCCAGCAGCCCCUGCGCAGCGCCCCCUCAGGCGAAGCCGUCUGCAGGCCCAGCUGCGGCCAAGGACCCGCCCUCUACUGCUGCCGGCGCCGCCAGGAGCCCGGCGCCCGGGCCUUCCGAGGAGAAGAGCCCGCAGCCCGGCAGUCAGAACGUGAAGGCACCCCCGUCCCGGAGGGUCACUCUGCACACUCUGCAGGCCUGGAGCAAGACGACACCCCGGAGAGUAACCUUAAUGCCCUUAAAGACAGACACUCCCAGUUCUGCAGCAGGCCCUGAGGCUCCCACCCCUUGCACAGAGGAAGUUCAGUCAGAGAUGCAUGGAGACCCCCUGGGCAGUCCCCCGGAGCUGAAGCGGCCCAGACCUGGGGAGAGCAAAGGCAGUGGCCAGAGUGUGGACCCCAGAGGAGACCUGCCUUGUGCUUGAAAGCUGCCACGUCUGGGGACUCGCAUGUCACAGGGAAGGGGCUGAAGACCCCGGAUCAGGGCGUCAGACGGAGCCGGUAGACACGCACAAAUGAUUUCUGUAACCAGGUGCACGUGGACUGGUUUGCCUCCAGAAAUAGGUUUGCUCUUGUGUUCGGGACACAGUUUACCUGGGAGACGUGAACAUUUCAACAGGCCAAGUCCUCUCUCGAUGAGUCUCUGGAACUGGACCAGCUGAACAUUAUCCGGUGUGCAGAUCCGUUAGUCCUCCCCUGAAAUUCUGCCUCAUGGGUGGACCCUAAAGCUGGAAUUGGAAAGUAAUUUGUGAAGGUUUAUUCCAUUGAAUUCCAGAGGAUUUGAGUGGUUACUAGAUUUAGCUUCUAAAUAGGUGAUUGAUUUUUGGAAGUUUGUUGUAUUUGCUUCCAGACUUUAAAGGCACUACUGCUCAUUCUAAGUUAGCAAUCCAGAGAGAGGAGAAAAAGGUUUGGGGUAGGAAACCCCGUCACCUCACUCCCAGAAGGAACCCUCGUUCCUGUUACGGCAUAUUUUCUUCUUCACAUUUUUAUUUUGUUUCGUUUUCUUCUUUUUAAGGAGAGAGUUUACUUUAGAUACAACUUGGUAUCUAACUAGAUUAACUUUUUAAAAUUUUCAAAAUAAGAGAAAGUAACUUAGCAAUUUAUGCCUGUGCCUCUGCUUUCUCCGGUCCCUGGGAGGGUGACAAGGUCUCUGUCUCUCCUGGGGAGACAGUGAAGAGUCGUCGCAGUGGAACGCCCGUCGGUGCUCGGUGUCGACACUGGCACAGGGAACACGAGUCGGGCCGAGAGGGUGCUGCGCGCGGCUUUCUUCCCCAUCUGCGCCGUCGGCGUGAACGUGGGCAGGCGGCCGGGAGCCGCCCAUAGCUCAAGUCAGCAGCAUCAGGGAAAAGAGUUGGAAAAAAGAGUCACUUUGUCCCUUAAUCCACAUCCUGUCUUAACAAGAAAAAGAGUGUGCCUCCCUUCUAGGUGGGAAGCUGCAAACGGGGUCAUCGACCCACGGAGCUGUCUUCAUGAAGACGUGAUCGCGUUCGCACGGACGUGCUUUAAACUCAUAGGAGUGUCUGCUUUGACCGGUGGUUCCCAGCCUUAGCUGCAGAUUGAAAUCACACGAAGAGCUGAUAAAAAUAUUGACCGCAGGGACCCCUCCAGGGGGUCUGGCCUGAUCAACCCAGGGCUUGGUCUGAACAUCAGGAUUCUCUCGAGCCCCUGCUGUGAUUCUGAUGCACUGCCAAGGUGGGAAAUCAGAAGAGAAAAGGCUUUCGGUGGAAAUGUCUCUCCUGGUAAAUACUUGUGCCCUGAAAG